AUUAGACAAAGGUAAACAGGCUUAGGAGAGAAGUCAAGGUAAAAAUUACGGAGUAAUAAAUUAUGCAACAAAGCUAUCUGAAAGUCUGUUUUUCUUAGAGGCCACCGGAAAAUGGACGGCGCUGGUGAAGUCAUAGAGAACGGCAACGCCGAGCCUCGAUCGGCUCUGAUCUUUCUCGGCACUGGUUGUUCAGGCUACGUCCCGAGACCCAUGUGCCUGAUCCGACCAUCCGAUCCUCCCUGCCAACUUUGCUUUCAGUCAUUGUCGGUGCCGCCGGAGCGGAAUCGUAAUUACAGGUGCAACACGUCUCUUCUAAUUGAUUAUUGCGGGAGAGAAGAUGAACACAGAUAUAUAUUGAUUGAUGCUGGAAAGACGUUCAGGGAGCAAGUACUUCGGUGGUUCACUUUCCAUAAGAUUCCGCGGGUCGAUUCAAUUGUUUUGACUCAUGAACAUGCUGAUGCCGUUCUUGGUCUGGAUGAUGUACGUUCUGUGCAGCCAUUUAGUCCUACAAAUGACAUUGAUUCCACACCCAUUUACCUCACUCAGUAUUCAAUGGACAGCAUCACAGCGAAGUUUCCUUACUUGGUUCAGAAAAAACUAAAGGCAGGCCAGGAAGUGAGACGAGUAGCCCAACUUGACUGGACAAUAAUCGAGAAUGAUUGUGAGAAGCCGUUUGUUGCAUCAGGACUAGAACUUAUUCCUUUGCCUGUGAUGCAUGGUGAAGAUUAUAUUUCUUUGGGAUUUCUUUUUGGUGAAAAAUGUAGAGUUGCUUAUAUAUCUGAUGUUUCACGCUUCCUUCCAACCACUGAGCAUUAUAUUUCAAAAAGUGAAGGUAAACAGUUGGAUCUCCUUAUCUUGGACUCACUGAAAAAGGAAGGGUCCCAUAAUGUUCACUUUUGCCUCCCUCAGACUCUUGAAGCUGUGAAGAAGUUAUGCCCAAAGCAAGCACUGUUAAUUGGAAUGACCCAUGAGUUUGAUCACCACAAAGACAAUGAAUAUCUUAUGGAAUGGUCUAGAAGAGAAGGAAUCCAUGUUCAGCUUGCACAUGAUGGGUUGAGGAUCCCUGUAGACCUUUAAUGAGGUUAUAAUGUGGCCGGAAUAUACUCGAUUGUUUCUUCUUCCCCAUUUUGGUAGAGAUGGGAAAAUGACACAGUAAUAUUGCUGCAGAACUUCUUAUAGCUCACCAAAUCCUUCAAAGCUGUGGUGCAGAAAGAUGGUAUAGAUUGCCUAAAUUAUGGUAGAAAAGUUAUUCUGGAGUUGUAUGGUGGUUCAAUGUGUUAUAUGCAUUUUAGUUUCCCUGUAAUAUAUAUUAAAAUGAGAAGACUAUGAUUUCACUCAAGGGAAUAUGUAAUAUAUUGUCAAUCAAUUGUCCUUUGUCAUGUAUUAAACUAGAAAUUGCUUUGAGAUCAAUAAAGUUUGUCCUGGCUCCAAGCACCUAAUUUUAGUUAGGUAAAA